AGAAGGAUCUAUCUCUCCUCGUUGUCCCGUCUUAGUUUUGAGCUCUGAUCAAUUCCUCCCUUUCGUCGUCGUCGGUCAUUAGCUCCCCCGAUCCUCCUUGAGACCUUGACCUUAUGGUAAUAGUUGUUUUGUGGUUAGGGGGUGAUGGAUAUAUCAUCAACAACGCGGCUCCUAACUUACUCGGCUCCCGCUUGGGCAAGCUUUAUGGCCGGUGCUUUUUUGAUCCUCACCCUCUCCCUUUCCAUGUAUCUUGUCUUCGAUCACCUUUCUACUUACAAGAACCCUGAGGAGCAAAUGUUUUUGAUUGGAGUCAUCCUCAUGGUCCCUUGCUAUUCAAUUGAGUCUUUUGCAUCACUUGUCAACCCAUCCAUCAGCGUUGAUUGUGGUAUUCUACGUGAUUGCUAUGAAUCCUUUGCCAUGUACUGUUUUGGUCGAUACCUUGUGGCCUGCUUGGGUGGGGAAGAUAGGACCAUUGAGUUUAUGCAAAGAGAAGGCCGCAAGAGCUUCAAGACUCCCCUCUUAGUAGAUCACACUGAUGAUAAGGGAAUCAUUAAACAUCCUUUCCCUAUGAAUCUUUUCUUAAAACCCUGGAGGCUCAGUCACUGGUUCUAUCAAGUUGUUAAGUUUGGUAUUGUUCAAUAUAUGAUUAUAAAGUCUCUCACUGCCCUCACUGCUCUGAUUCUUGAAGCCUUCGGUGUGUACUGCGAAGGAGAGUUUAAAUGGAGUUGUGGGUACCCUUACUUGGCAGUUGUUCUAAAUUUUAGCCAGUCAUGGGCAUUAUAUUGUCUGGUUCAGUUCUAUGGUGCAACAAAAGAUGAGCUUGCCCACAUAAAGCCCCUUGCCAAGUUUCUAACAUUCAAGUCAAUCGUGUUCUUGACUUGGUGGCAAGGAGUUGCCAUCGCUCUUCUCUCUUCCCUCGGUUUGUUCAAAAGUUCCAUUGCACAGAGCUUGCAGCUGAAGACUAGUGUUCAAGAUUUCAUCAUUUGCAUUGAGAUGGGUAUUGCUUCGGUUGUUCACCUGUAUGUCUUCCCAGCAAAACCCUACGGUCUACUGGGAGAUCGCUUUACUGGAUCGGUAUCAGUUCUGGGGGACUAUGCAUCGGUCGACUGUCCUAUUGAUCCCGAUGAGAUUAGAGACAGUGAGAGACGAACGAAGGUCCGCCUGCCACAUCCUGACGUUGAUAUCAGAAGUUGUAUGACCAUCAAAGAAAGCAUGAGAGAUGUGUUCGUUGGUGGAGGUGAAUACAUUGUGAAAGACGUGAGGUUCACAGUGACUCAAGCAGUAGAGCCUAUGGAGAAGAGCAUAACAAAGUUCAAUGAGAAACUGCACAAGAUCUCGCAGAACAUAAAGAAACACGAUAAGGACAAGAGAAGAGUAAAAGAUGACAGUUGCAUGUCAUCAUCAUCUAGUGGGCGAGUGAUUCGCGGGAUCGAUGAUCCGCUUUUGAAUGGGAGUUUUAGUGACAGUGGAGUCACAAGGACUAAGAAGCACAGGCGAAAGUCAGGGUACACGAGUGGGGGAAGCGGGGGAGAGAGCAGUAGUGAUCAAGCUUAUAGUGGAUUUGAAGUAAGGGGUCGGAGAUGGAUCACAAAAGAUUAAACAUUCAAUGAAAUUUUAUCAUAAACAUCCGAGAUUGAUGAGACCACCGGGUGUUGUUUCUCCUCAACGUGCAGGGGUUUUUGCAGGGCACCUAGAAGCCGUUAAGUAUUGAAUAUAUUUGUGUACAGAUUUGAAGAUACAUAACGUAAAUGAGGCAUGAUUUUUUUAUAAAAAUGUACCUUCAUGUUGGCUUUGUCUUUCUAACAAAAUGAUGAUGACAUUAUAGUUAA